CAGUGGUUGCUGCAGAGCUUUUACAUAGAGGGAGAUGAAACAAGUUCAUUGGAUCUCGGUCAGAUCGGUCGAACCGGCCGGUCCGGUCUGAGUUGAAUAACAUUCCGUCCAAUACGACACGACACGUUGAAUUUCCGGGUCAAAAAGUCCACAUGACAAACACUACUUGCUACUAGAAUCGAAUCAAACCCAAACUUCUGAGGACCAAACAAUCCUUGUAACUCACGCCACUACCUUCGAUUUCUGAAAACCUCUGUUUCCCUUGUUCUGUUCUGAAAGAUGAGGCUCUUGAAGGUUGCCACCUGCAAUCUCAACCAAUGGGCCAUGGACUUCGACUGUAACACCAAGCAAAUCAAACACUCCAUAGUCAACGCCAAACAAGCCGGCGCUGCCAUCAGGCUCGGACCCGAGCUCGAGAUUCCCGGUUAUGGCUGCGAAGAUCACUUCCUCGAGCUCGAUACUGUUAACCAUUCAUGGGAAUGCUUGAAGGAUAUCUUGCUCGGUGAUUGGACUGAUGGCAUAGUGUGUAGCAUUGGCAUGCCUGUUAUCAAAGGUUCUGAGAGGUACAAUUGUCAAGUUUUCUGUUUCAAUCGAAGGAUUAUCAUGAUACGCCCAAAGAUGUGGCUUGCAAAUGAUGGCAAUUAUAGAGAGCUUCGAUGGUUUACUGCAUGGAAGCAAAGGGAUGAGCUUGUGGAUUUUCAGCUGCCUAGUGAAGUUUCUCAGGCAUUAGGCCAAAAAUCUGUUCCCUUUGGUUAUGGUUUUGUCAAGUUUCAAGACACAGCUAUAGCAGCUGAAGUUUGUGAAGAGCUUUUUGUUCCAACUCCCCCUCAUUCUGAGCUUGCAUUGAAUGGGGUUGAAGUGUUCAUGAAUGCAAGUGGAAGUCACCACCAACUUAGAAAGCUUGAUGUUCGUCUUCGUGCUUUUAUAGGUGCCACUCAUACUCGUGGAGGGGUUUACAUGUAUAGCAAUCACCAAGGAUGUGAUGGGGGUCGCCUUUACUAUGAUGGGUGUGCCACUGUUGUGGUAAAUGGAGAUGUUGUUGCUCAGGGUUCACAAUUUUCUUUAAAGGAUGUUGAGGUUGUGGUUGCUCAGAUAGAUCUAGAUGUGGUUGCAAGCCUCAGAGGAUCUAUAAGUAGCUUCCAAGAGCAAGCAAGUUGUAAAACCAAGGUUCCUUCAGUCGAAGUAUCACACAGUCUAUGUCUUCCUUUUAACCUUAAAAUCCCCCUUUCUGCUCCACUUAAGAUAAAGUACCACUCGCCUGAGGAGGAAAUAGCAUUUGGUCCUGCCUGCUGGUUAUGGGACUAUUUAAGAAGAAGUGGAGCAUCUGGUUUUCUGCUUCCUCUUUCUGGUGGAGCAGACAGUUCCUCUGUUGCUGCAAUUGUUGGGUGCAUGUGCCAGCUGGUUGUGAAAGAUAUUGCCAGUGGGGAUGAGCAAGUCAAAGCUGAUGCAAUACGAAUUGGAAACUAUAAAGAUGGACAGUAUCCUACAGACAGCAGAGAAUUUGCCAAACGGAUAUUCUAUACUGUGUUUAUGGGAACUGAAAACAGUUCAGAAAUGACAAGAUCGCGUGCUAAGGUUCUGGCUGACGAAAUUGGUUCAUGGCACCUUGAUGUUAGUAUCGAUGGGGUUGUAUCUGCUCUUUUGUCAUUGUUUCAAACACUUACGGGAAAGCGACCACGCUAUAAGGUAGAUGGUGGAUCUAAUGUUGAGAAUUUAAGCUUGCAGAACAUUCAAGCUCGAAUCAGAAUGGUGCUAGCUUUCAUGUUAGCGUCACUCUUGCCUUGGGUUCACAGCAAACCUGGGUUUUAUCUUGUUUUGGGAAGCUCCAAUGUGGAUGAAGGGUUACGUGGUUACUUGACAAAGUAUGAUUGCAGCUCAGCAGAUAUAAAUCCUAUAGGCAGUAUAAGUAAGCAGGACCUUCGGGCAUUCCUGCGAUGGGCAGCCAUCCAUCUUGGUUACUCAUCUUUGGCAGAUGUUGAAGCAGCUCCACCCACAGCUGAACUGGAGCCUAUUCGAUCUAACUACAGUCAGCUUGAUGAGGUUGAUAUGGGAAUGACUUACGAGGAACUAUCAGUUUAUGGAAGACUACGGAAAAUCUUCAGAUGUGGUCCAGUUUCCAUGUUCCAGAAUCUAUGCUACAAAUGGGGUACAAAAUUGGCUCCAUCACAAGUUGCUGAAAAAGUAAAACACUUCUUCAAGUAUUAUUCUAUCAAUCGACACAAGAUGACUGUCAUGACACCUUCCUAUCAUGCUGAGAGCUAUUCACCAGAGGAUAACAGGUUUGAUCUUCGCCAGUUUCUCUAUAAUGCAAGAUGGCCAUACCAGUUUCAGAAAAUUGAUGAACUCGUUCGUGGGAUGGAUGUCAAAGAUGUUCAACAAUCUGAAGAGCAUGAUGAGAUAGUGGUAGCUGCAUCAGAUGGUGUUGGUGGGAUGGGAGUUGCUGCAGCAGGUUCAGGCAAUCCCAGUGUUGGAUUGUAAUUGAAAUUAACCUCCCUUAAUAAAACAAAAGAAAUAAGUUAUAGAUUUGCAUGUGAGGACUGCAAAUCUGGUCCACACAAAGAUCUAGAUUCCUUCAUUUUAUAGCACUUGGAAUGAUAUUCAUUAGCUUCUCAUCCCAGCCUUUACAGCUGAUACCACUGUAAAAAAGUUUUCAAACUACCAGUUAAUUGUGUGUUGGGUUCCCUGUUUGGGAACCUUAGAAUAAUUCUGAUAGUAAAUUCAAUUUUGAAUAACAAUAUAGAUGUUUGAGAGUCA